UUCUUUUCGAGAAAAUUAUUAAUUUUGUAUUCACUCGAGUGUAAUUAGCAUAUUUUUACUCCUAUUGUGACAUAUGAAGGUAAGUAGAGUGAUUAGAAAUGCAGACAAUAAAGUGUGUGGUGGUAGGAGAUGGGGCGGUUGGUAAAACUUGUCUGCUGAUUUCCUACACUACAAACAAAUUUCCAUCGGAAUACGUUCCAACCGUUUUCGAUAACUAUGCGGUCACAGUAAUGAUUGGUGGAGAGCCAUACACGCUCGGAUUAUUUGACACAGCUGGUCAGGAAGAUUACGAUCGACUGAGACCCUUAAGUUAUCCCCAAACAGACGUGUUUCUUGUCUGCUUUUCAGUCGUGUCUCCUUCAUCGUUUGAAAACGUGAAAGAAAAGUGGGUUCCUGAAAUAACGCAUCACUGCCAAAAAACGCCCUUCUUACUCGUUGGCACACAAAUAGACUUGAGGGAUGAUGCAGCUACGAUUGAAAAACUCGCAAAAAAUAAACAAAAACCAAUAACGGGCGAGCAAGGCGAGAAACUUGCAAAGGAACUCAAAGCAGUGAAAUAUGUUGAGUGCAGUGCACUCACACAGAAAGGACUGAAGAAUGUUUUUGACGAAGCUAUAUUAGCAGCAUUGGAGCCACCAGAACCAGUGAGAAGAAGACGCUGUGUCCUCUUGUAGGGAGCUGGCCGCUUCUUUUAUACCAUUAAAAAAAUCGGCACAGCGCACCCUACGUUGUGAGUAUAUCUUAAUAUCGAGGACGAGCUGAUUUCACGGAAAAUCGUGAAAGUGUCCAAGUGAAAUAAUUUCCUAGAAUCACGCGAAAGAACAAAUUGACCAACCUGGACGGCGGGAAGGACCCGUUACGAAUUGUAACCAGGGAGACAGUCUCAUAAAUAUUUAAUAACGAGUAAGGCAUUUUUAAUAAUAAGUUACUAAUGUGAAUUUUUUAAUAAAUCGAUCAUUAAAAAUCACUAAGCAUAAAUUUCUUAUCAAUUGAGAUUCGAGACGGCCUAGGCGAGAAUUAUUGUGAAACUUUUCCCUAGAUAACGAGUUGAACUUGCGCGUUCUGCAACCGACUGAAGGCGUUUCUCGACGCACACUGUAAUUAGUUUUUACUCACUUACGGCCAUAUUUUGCUAAUGCAACGCGAUUUAGUGCUGGCAUGAUAAUACUUCGGAAUAUAACGUGCAUGCAAUCUUUUCUUGUACGUUCGUAUUUUUUUAUGAACAAAUGUAUUUCUAGUACAUUGUAUAAAAAAUGUCUAAUCUAUUGAGA